AUGGAUGAACAAGAAACAACACAGGAGCAGAUUAAGAUCUCCAUUUACACUCCAUUAAUAUAUGUCGGGGUGUUGUUGACAUGUUUCAUUGCGUUUUCGAUUAUUUAUAGACGUAAGAAGUUGAACAAAUUGACUAAAGUGGAACCAAUAUUUUCAGAAAAUCAUACAUUAAACCUAUAUUUAUUUUUAAAACAACAGUAUAAUAACCCUGAAGCUACUGCGGAAACAAAGCCACAUACUAAAGUUAUGAAAGCUGCAUUGUUGAGAAGAGGAGUGGAAGCUAUUAGAAGAUCAUUGAAAUUAAAAGAAAACGAACCAAUUUUUAACAAAUUGUAUCAAGAUGGUUUAAUUGGGGAUGAUGUAUUUAAGAACUUUCAAAUACAAGCCAAAUUUCAAGAAAUAGAAUUGAAGGAAAUCGUGCAAGAAUGUGAAACGUAUAAAAAGGGUUGGGUUCAGCAAUUUUUCCCUGUUGCUCAAGAAAUUUGCUUCAACGAAGCCUUAAGAAGAAGGUUAAAUUCCAUGGAUGAAAGAUCAAAGAGCUUGUCUGACAUGUGGCAGUAUUACGUAGAAAAGUCCGAGUCCAAUGUUGCAGAAGCAGUAGAUGAAAAAUCAAGUGCUACCAAGACUGCUAAAGAAAAAAACAAAUCUGCUUCUCAAUCUGGCGCUAAUACACCUGAAAAGGUGCUUUCAGACUCCGAUGCUGAAGCUGUAAGUGAAUCCCAAAACGAUGGUGAUAAUAAAACUUCCGAGAAUAAAAAGAAAAAGUCCGGCAAAGGAAAGAAGACAUGA